AUGUAAGCAACAUUCACUCUCCUCUAAAUGUACUCCGUCGGUGUACUACCAUUCAAGACAGCCCAACCACAGAAGAGAAGCUGAGCAGAGCUGGAAUAAACGACAGGAGGGACAUUGUUCGGAUGAAAUGAGUGAAAGUAGGACAUCAUUUGUUCGACUCUUCUUGGGGUUCUUCCUCAGUGCGACAGGUGCCUGCUGUCCCAUUGAGUUGAGCCAAACCAGUAUUGUGGUGCGAUAUGGAGACCCAGUCUCAGUCAACUGCAGCACAUCAGAGACUAUGCAUGAAGGAAUGGGCUGGGAGGCUUCAAGUGGAGGCGGAGGUUCAGAGAUGGUCAACCAUUUGCCCUGGACUGUGGAGCACCUCACAGAAUGGUCCAUCGCACCCACAUGCUUCAUCAAUCUACUUCGAAAUAGUACAGAGGAGCAAUGCACCAAGACCUUAAAAGUUGUUCUAUACACAUUCCCACAAAACAUCAGUAUCAACUCCGAUGUUGAGAUGGACAAAGGGGAGCAAUAUAACUUCACAUGUUACAUUGGCAAGGUAGCACCAGUUCAAAAUCUCACUGUGAGGUGGUACAAAGGAGAUACAAUCUUCCACACACAAACUUUUGACAAUCCAAGUCAGGAACCAGUGGAUCAGUCACCUGUCCUCAGCUUUACACCUACUGAACAAGAUCACGGAGUCAAGUUCAGAUGUGAGGCACAUUUGGACCUGGGGCCAGAAGGGCCACAACUUAAAGUAUCUUCAGAGGAGUUUACUACUAUCGUUAGGUUUGGACCAGAUAUACAAUGUUCUUUUGUGGAGGUACUCGAGGGGGGAACUUUGUGGGACCAAUGCCCUGUGGCAGGAAAUCCUGAACCUUUCAUCCAGUGGCUGAAAGAUGGAAAGCGUGUAGACUCGAGCCAAACUAUGACCAGGGAAAAGGCAGGGCAGUACAUCAUCGAAGCUGAGGGUAAAGCCGUCAGCCGAAAGAAAAUCCAGGUCCUUGUGAUAUAUGGACCAGAGUUGAAGUGUCCAAGCAAUUAUACCGCACUGGAGAACGCUCCUCACAACCUCACCUGCACUGUCGAAGGGUACCCUGAACCUAAGACGAUCUGGUACAGAGAUGGUGACGAGGUGGAACUCCCAGAGAACCUCACAAGAAGUGAUGCAGGGCAGUACUUGAUCACUGCUUCGAACCGUUUCUCAAGUGUCAAUCACACAGUGGAGCUUGACAUCUUAUACCCACCAUCACAGAUAGUCGAGCUUGAAGACUCUGAAGUUGAGGUUGGUUCUGCCGUGUGGCUCAAGUGCUCCUCCACGGGAAACCCACGGCCGACGUAUUCGUGGUCAUAUUACCAGGCUGGCAAUGUGAUAAAUGAAAAUGACGACGGAGUGUCCCGUCUGCUAAUCAACAAUGCUACUGCGUACAACAUGGGCUUCUACACGUGUCAGGCCUCGAACGAGAAAGGAAAUGUCUCUAAGACUGUCAGAGUCACUGUAAAAGGUGCCAAGCAAGCAUGCCCUAUCGAUAUAACUCCAGACACAAUGGUGAUAUCCUAUCGAGACAAACCCAGAAAUGUAACAUGCACACCAACAUCUACCAUCUCCACUAAUGUCAAAAAAAUACACUGGAAGGGCAUCGGGAAGACCAACAGCACAGUUUGGCGUGUUAACACCUAUACAGACUGGGACCUGACGCCUGUCUGUGCCGCAACAUUUGAGGGACUAGAACCAUGCAAGAAACCCUUAAACUUCAUCCUCUACAAAACACCAGACAGCGCCUCCAUCCGUCCUGUGAAUAACACUAACUUGGUGGAGGGGGAAAUGUACCAGCUGCAGUGUGACAUCAUCAACGUUGCUCCUGCUCGAAAGCUCACUGUGCGGUGGUACCUCGGGAAUGAAACCAUUGAACCACCAUUCAAAGAAUCACUGCGAGUGACUGGCUGCCAACCUGAGAACACAGACUGUAUGAGCCGCCGGACCCCAGUGAAUGUGUCAUCUACCAUCAGUGUCAUUCUGAACAGAAAGCACAACGGAGCGGAGUUCAGAUGUGAGGCUGAGUUGGACCUGAGACCAGAGGGACCCCAGCUUCCUUACUUGAAGUCCAGUCCUUUCAACAUCACUGUCUAUUAUAAGCCGGUCAUCAAUAACACAAAACUUCCGAAGGCGAUCCCGGUGUUCAGCGGUUAUCCUGAGAGGCUUGUUUGUGAAGCUGACGGUCAUCCACCUCCAAAGAUCCAGUGGCUUUACAGCUCAGACAAGUUGCCACGUGUUUCUGGAGGCGUACUCAACGUUUCGGAACCGGGCUCCUACAUCUGCAACGCCAGUAACGAAGUCGGUUCCGUAUCCCAUGAGGUCGAAGUGAUUUUAAAAGAGGACUACCUGCCCCUCAUAGCUGGAUUUGUGGCCGUCACAGUAGUGGUCAUCUCCGUCAUCUUCAUCUUCAUCUACUCCAUCUACUACAAGAACACCAAGAUGCGCCGUUACAGUCUUAAAAACCCCAAACUCAGCACCCACAAUGGCAAUGUAGCUCACAAUGGCUGGGACCUGCAAUUUCCUAUGACCAAACUGUCAUAGCAGCACAUCUGUUUACCACUCUGAAUGAGCUGCACCUCUGCGCCACCAGAACAGUGGUUAAAAGGCUGAAUACCACUGAGUCAGCUGGCUCACACUGGAUUCUUUGGAAAUCUAUUUUAUUCCUCCAAACUUCACACAGUCUGUUUUUCUCACAUCUGUUCUCCACAUAUAACUUAAAAUAUAACUUUAAAAAUUAGUAAUCUAGGCUUGAUCUUCUCAACUCAAUAUUUACUACUGGAUUUGACCUGUUUUCACUGGACAGAAAGAAGGAAGAAGGAGAAGAAGGAGGAAAAAGAAGGAAUCAAAAUCUGGCUCUGACCUGCCAGAGGAACUGUUAUGCUAUGAAGAAAAAUACCAAAACAGUAUCUCUUAUUACUUUUAAUAAGCACAAAGGGAAUUUAAUAUGAUAUGAAUGUUUUUCUUGACUUUGUUUCAUGGAUGUUUUUUCUGUCCCCCAUAACGUUCACUCAAACUUAGAUCUGUGUAUGUAAUUAUUUUACAAACUCAACAUGAAUUUAAGUGUGGACCCUGAGACUGCAGCGGAAAUGCACUAUUUCUCUUUCUUUUGCUUAUUGGCUCUGCUUGAAGUGUGACAUUGAAUCUGUGAAGGAAGCUGUGGUGAAUUUGUUAACACUAUUUUUUUGUGCAUACCAUUAUUUGAGCCCACUGUUGUUUCACUUCACUUUGUAAGCCACUCUGCACUCCUUUCUGAGUUUGUAGUCUUCUCUGUGUCUGACUCUUUGCUGUGCCACGCUGCGUCAGGCUCUGAGUUUAUGGGGGACAUUGUCUUAUUUGCGCGGUUGUAUGCUUUUCUAUGAAUGUCUGCAUCAGAACUGUAUAUUCAGUAUCAUAUUUUAUGUAAAUGUAAAACCUUGUAUUUAUUUGUGGGAAACAGUGAUAAUGGAACAAUUUAGUAUUGAAAAUGGACUGCAUACAAGGAUGUAAAUGUUGCAAAUAUUGGAUCAGUUAGUGGAGUUGAAGUCCUACUUCACAUAUUAGGGGGCAUGAGGACAUCAAAAUAUAUGUGAAUACUGCUGUAAAUAUUUAUGACUGAUGUAAAACAAUAUUUUAAUAUUAAAAAUUUGGCUUUUUAAACAAA